AUGCUAUCAUUCAAUAACAAUACUAUCAAUAAUCAAGCUAUUAAAAACUCUAUGAACUUUAAUCCCGCAUUCAAUAAUACUUAUUUCCCAGAACAACAGCACCCGCAGCAACAACAACAGCCUCAGCAACAACAAUUCCCAUCUAGUCCACUUCUAUUUAGAAAUCUCAACAUAAACGUAAACCCUAUGAAUAUUCCAUUUAGUCCAAAUAACAGGGACAAUACCAGUAACAAUAAAAAUAAUAACUAUAUCAUGGGGAAUAAUAGCCCAACUUCUAGUCUGAUGACAAAUCCAUCUCUUUUCAGUAACGAUACACUGUUUAAUAGAAGUUCAAGCAGAAAUAGUAUUACUACAACAACUAGUGCUAUGAGUAGUGUAAAUACAACGGCACCAAAUAGCUUGCCAGACCAUUAUAAUUCAUACAUGUCAAAUUACGAAUUUAAUUCAUUAAGGUAUAAGAAUGAUAUGAAUAAAUCAUUUGAAGAUGAUUUAUUCUUUUGUCCAAGAUCAUUACUCUCAUCCACUGAACGUAAACAAUGUGAAGAAAUUGAUAAAUUUAUGAUCGAAAGAAAUAUAGAAUUACAACAUCAACAGCAAAUUUUCUUUCAACAACAACUCAAAAAUGCAAAUAUUAAUAUUCAUGACGGUAUAGAUAGUAUUAAAAAAUUAUCAACAACAUCUAAAGACGUAAAGAAUACCAAUAAUAAUGAAUCGAAAAGAAAAUUUAAUCCUUAUACUUCUGCAAGUUUUAAUCCGACACAUUCAUGA